AUGCAAAAAUUUGCAAAUCGCAAUUGGGCGUUUUUGGUCAUAAUUCUUGGCUUUGUUGUUGUCCAGGCGGCAGAGCAGCAGCAGACAAUACAAAAAUCCACCAAAUCAUUAAUUGAGUUAAAUGAAGACAAUUGGUCGCUGAUGUUAAAGGGCGAAUGGAUGGUGGAGUUUUUUGCCCCCUGGUGUCCAGCAUGUAAAAAUUUGGCCCCCACCUGGGAACGUUUUGCAACGACAGCCGCUGAUAUUAAUGUGAAUGUUGCAAAAAUUGAUGUAACCACGUCGCCUUCUCUUAGUGGGCGAUUCUUUGUCACCGCCUUGCCAACCAUCUAUCACGUUAAAGAUGGUGAAUUCCGUCAAUAUCGUGGCUCACGUGACGGCGAUGCCUUAAUGUUCUUUGUCAAACAAAAACAAUGGACCAAAUUGGAACCAAUCUCUGCCUGGAAAAAACCCGAUACCGUGCACAUGUCCGUUUUGUCGUAUUUCUUUAAAUUGUCGCACACUUUGAAGGAUUUCAAUGCCCGCCUACAAGAAGAAUAUGGCCUGCCCACUUGGGGUUCUUAUGCCCUCUUUGCCAUUGGUACCAUUUUCGUGGGUGCUGCCUUGGGCUUGAUGUUGGUGUGUGUUGUCGAUUUCCUUUAUCCACCCAAGAAACAUCAACGUCAAAGUUUCUCCGAAUCCAAGGAGAAUGGACAAAAUGGCAUUGAAGAUAUAGCCAAUGAUGAAAUUGAAGAUGAUGCACCACAAAAUGAUGACGACGAAGAAGAAGACGGCGGCGAAGAAGAGGAGGAGGAUGAAGAAGAGGCUGGCAAUGAUGAGGAUGCCUCAACCGAAGAUGAUGACAAACAAAGUGAGUCCGAGGAACCUGAGAGUGAGAAAAAACAACCUGCAAAACAGCAGCAGGAGGAGAAGAACAAUAAACCUAGUCCCACAGAAGUGCGUAAACGUAAACCACGCAAGGCAGAUUAA